AUGGAAUUAGCCCCGCGGCGGAAUAAGCCUGUCCAGGCGCGAGCGCAGCCGCGGGGCAGUCCGGGUUUUGCGUCCAGUGUGCGGGCACCAUGGCCACCCCCGGGCUGCGCGCAACUUUGCCUCCUUCUUCCCACAGAUAUCCCUCUGCUCCCUGGCUCUCCUCGCAGGCUGAGCCCUCGGGCAGUGUCCAAGGGUGGCCAGGGCCCCAAGCACAGACAGCAAUACCUCAAAGUGCUGGGUCCCCGAGCCCCGGACCUGCCGGGCGGCUCCAACCGAGAUUCUGGCCAGCCCUCUCCUGGAGGGCGCUCCCACAGCAGCUCUGUCUUCAACAAUUACCUGGAUGCUAACGACCCGGUGUUCUCAGAGGCCCGGCUGAGCCGCAUGCACUUCCAUGACAACAAGAGGAAAGUCGACUAUGUGCUUGCUUACCACUACCGGAAACGUGGGGCGCACCCUGUCCACGGCUUCCCUGGCCACUCGCUGGCCAUCGUCUCCAAUGGGGAGACGGGCAAGGAGCCCCAUGCUGGGGGCCCAGGUGACAUUGAGCUAGGCCCGCUCGAUGCCCUGGAGGAGGAGAGGAAGGAGCAGCGGGAGGAGUUUGAAUGCAAGCUGCUGGAGGCCGGGCUGGAGCUCGAGAAGGACCUGGAGAGUAAAAGCCAGGGAUCUAUCUUUGUCCGGAUACAUGCUCCGUGGCAGGUGCUGGCCAGAGAGGCAGAAAUCUUGAAGAUCAAAGUUCCUACCAAGAAAGAGAUGUACGAGAUCAGAUCAGAAGGCUGCAUUGCGAAGAAGUUCAACGAGAUUCUGCAGAAGCUGAGCUCGCCCCUGAAGCCCAGGGUUCCAGAGCACAGUGACAACAGGAUGAAAAACCUCUCCUACCCAUUCUCCAGGGAGAAAAUGUACCUGUACAGCAUCCAGGAUAAGGACACCUUCUUUGAUAAUGCCACCCGUAGCCGCAUUGUGCACGAGAUCCUGAAGCGCACAGCCUGUGCUCGAGCCAACAACACGAUGGGUAUUAACUCUCUGAUAGCAAACAAUAUCUACGAGGCUGCCUACCCUCUUCAUGACGGUGAAUAUGAUAGCCCAGGGGAUGACAUGAAUGACAGAAAGCUGCUGUAUCAAGAAUGGGCACGCUACGGAGUGUUUUAUAAGUUUCAACCUAUUGACCUCAUCAGAAAGUAUUUUGGAGAAAAAAUCGGACUGUAUUUUGCCUGGCUGGGAUUAUAUACAUCAUUCCUCAUCCCAUCUUCUGUGAUUGGGGUGAUUGUAUUUCUUUAUGGAUGUGCAACAAUCGAAGAAGAUAUUCCCAGCAAAGAGAUGUGUGACCAGCAGAAUGCCUUCACCAUGUGUCCCCUGUGUGACAAGUCCUGUGAUUACUGGAACCUCAGCUCGGCCUGUGGGACAGCACGGGCCAGCCACCUGUUUGACAACCCUGCCACUGUCUUCUUCUCCAUCUUCAUGGCUGUGUGGGCUACCAUGUUUCUUGAAAACUGGAAGAGAUUGCAGAUGCGACUGGGAUACUUCUGGGACCUGACUGGUGUAGAAGAGGAAGAAGAACGUGCCCAGGAACACUCCCGACCUGAGUAUGAAACCAAAGUUCGAGAGAAAAUGCUAAAGGAGAGCAACAAGUCGGUUGUCCAGAAAUUGGAGACCAAUAUGACUGAAAGGGACGAUGAGGAUGAUGAAGAUAAGCUCACCUGGAAAGAUCGUUUCCCAGGUUACCUGAUGAACUUCACCUCCAUCUUGUUUAUGAUUGCCCUGACAUUCUCGAUUGUCUUUGCGGUCAUUGUCUAUCGUAUCACAACGGCAGCUGCUCUGUCUCUCAACAAGGCCACACGCUCCAAUGUCCGCGUGACAGUGACAGCUACAGCAGUCAUCAUCAACCUCGUGGUCAUCCUCAUCCUGGAUGAGAUCUAUGGCGCCGUGGCCAACUGGCUCACCAAAAUCGAGGUUCCAAAAACAGAACAGACAUUUGAAGAACGCCUGAUACUCAAAGCAUUCUUGCUGAAGUUUGUCAAUGCCUACUCGCCCAUCUUCUAUGUGGCCUUUUUCAAGGGGAGGUUUGUGGGCAGACCUGGAAGCUAUGUUUAUGUGUUUGAUGGUUACCGCAUGGAAGAGUGUGCUCCCGGGGGCUGCCUCAUGGAGCUCUGCAUCCAGCUCAGCAUCAUCAUGUUGGGGAAGCAGUUGAUCCAGAACAACAUCUUUGAGAUCGGAGUCCCGAAGCUAAAGAAACUAUUUCGGAAGCUGAAAGAUGAGACGGAACCUGGAGAAACUGACUCUGCCCAUUCAAAGCACCCAGAGCAGUGGGACCUAGACUACAGCCUGGAACCAUACACUGGUCUGACUCCAGAGUACAUGGAAAUGAAUGCUGUGAGAACCAAAGAUAUAGGGAUUUGGUUUGACAUUCUCUCUGGAAUCGGCAAGUUCUCUGUUAUCAGCAAUGCUUUUGUCAUUGCUGUCACCUCCGACUUUAUCCCCCGCCUUGUGUACCAGUACGCCUAUAGUCACAACGGGACUCUGCAUGGCUUUGUCAACCAUACCCUCUCCUUUUUCAACGUCAGCCAGCUGAAGGAAGGAACACAACCCGAGAACUCGCAGUUUGACCAGGAGGUUCAGCUCUGCAGGUUUAAGGAUUACCGAGAGCCGCCAUGGGCCCCGAACCCAUAUGAGUUUUCCAAACAGUACUGGUCUGUUCUGUCUGCCCGCCUGGCUUUUGUCAUAAUCUUCCAGAACCUUGUGAUGUUCCUGAGUGUCCUUGUGGACUGGAUGAUCCCCGAUAUCCCCACAGACAUCAGUGACCAGAUCAAGAAAGAAAAGAGCUUGUUGGUGGACUUCUUCCUGAAAGAGGAGCAUGAGAAGCUCAAGCUGAUGGAUGAGUCGGCCCCCAGGAGCCUGGGAGGGGGGCAUCACAGCAGGAGGAGCCGGGCGGCCAGCUCGGCACUCUCGGGCGAGAGCCAGCCAGGCAGCGUAGGGUCCUCUGGGUCUCAGCACACCGAUGUGUGAGCAAGUGAACCCCACCACCAAGUGGGCUCUGUAGCAGUGGGAGACCACACACAAGGGUGUCUGUGCAUCUGCACAGUGUGGUGUCUGUCCUCUGCCCGAAUCUGGGCUGAGGGAUGUUGAAAAGGGUGUGUGUGUAAAGAGAGAGAGAAAUGAGAGAAACCAAAUGAGAGAAUGAGUCCAGGAAGGAUGUGCUCUUCUCAGAAACUUCACGCUUACGUUUGUUUUAGGUCCUCUUUUGAGCUGUAUCCUACUGGGAGAUUGGUACCUGUUUUGAGUCGAUCAAAACUGAGUGAAAGAAUUGAGUCUCUGUAUCCCAGAAUUCCCAGGCACCGUUGGCUUUCCCUAUGUUUCUUCAGGCGCCCUCUCAUUUCAGAUGGCCAUAGGCUGUGACAGAAGCGCAGUCAGGGCCCUGUUCUGGCAUUCACCAUCAUAAGUGAUUACCGACCCCUUUCCCAUCACCACCCACCCCAAGAAAAUCCUCUGAGUCACUUGCAUCUGGGGCUGUCAUUUGCAUCAGUGGAUGCAAAUUAAGUUACAGGGCUGAUUGCUGUGGCCACUGGACUUGAUGGUGAGUAGCAAAAGUUCAAACCUGGGCUCGUCUUCAGUUCAUGUCACGGGGAUGCUUUGAACUAAAUGCAACCAACCA